AUGUACGCAGUCUCCAGCUUCGAGCAAAUGCCAACCAAUGACCGUCCGGUCCUGCACGCUGAAGUACCAUACCGUACAAUACCGCCCGCAAUAGCAACCACAGGAAGAAGCUUCACGAUGGCUCCGUUGAACAUCACAUCUAACUUUGCAAGUAUUGCUCGCAAGUAUGGGGUCGAUGAAACCACCAUCGGAAACCACGAAUUAGUGGUCAAACAGUACAUUCAACCCCUUCAAGACUCCCCUCUUAGAGUGCUUGAGCUCGGGGUGGGCUGCCGUCGGACCCCCACAAUCAGAAAUUUAUACAGAGCAUGGCAAGAAUAUUUGCCCCAAACGAGCGAACAUUAUGCGAUUGAGAGCAAUUCGAUUUGCACAGAUUUGGUUGCACGUCCCCAGGGCCAUUUUGAUCCGGAAGCCUUCGACAACCUGGUCUAUAUAUGGGAGGCGAUGACUCCUGCUCGCGUUCUACCACCAGGCAGUUCUUAUCAUCAUGUCGAGGCAGACAAGUUGGAAGAAGAAUUCGAAAUUAUUAUCGAUAAUGGCUUCCAUGCAUUGGAGUAUCAGAUCCAGAAGCAGGUUGCGCCAGGUGGUAUCUAUGUGUUAAUGCCAACGACCCCACCGACUUCGAAGUAUUUGCACACUCUUCUCACCAAUCUGGUUUCGACUCUGCCAGAGCGAAGUAUCAGUUGUGAACUGAAAAGUAUCGAUUGUGGAGAGAGGCUUUGUAUCUUGACGAAGGACACAGUGGACGGGUUGUUCGAGUUUAGUUACUCUGAUUUGGUUUGGGAAUGA